CCAAGAAAAAGGAGAUGAUUUUCUGAUUUAGUUUCAGUUGAACAGAAAUCAGAAUUGAGUUAACAUCAUUUUCGAUCAAAGUUUCUAUUUUAAUUACUCUUACUCUCUAUCGAUAACUUUUUCUAUUGUUAUACUGUGUCCAUCCUUUUGGUUUUCUCAAUGGAAAAAAUAUUUAAUUUAUUUAUCGUGUUUUUAAUUGUUCCAAAUGUUUUGACGGCUCGAAGAAGUGGAUUAAUAUCAGGAUCUAUUGGUUCAUCUCCAAUCGUUUUCCCGAAUUCACAGAGACAUCCAAAUGCACAGAAUUCAUUCGAUUCAGCUUUAAUUCGAACUGCUGGUUUAAGAAACGCAAGUGAGGUUUUUGCAGCUCUUGGUAUUAGUGGUUUUAGUGAAGAUAAUGAUGAUGCUAUUUUAGGUCGAAGGAAGAACAACAUCGCCGAACAAGCGGUUUGUGAGCCGGAAUUGAGAACAGUGGAAGUCGGUGAUCAGGGCGUUGAGGCUGGUGAGAUUUUCUUUCCAAAAUGUGUUCGAGUCUUGAGAUGUGGAGGUUGUUGUGAUAUUAGCGAUCGAAUGGCCUGUACACCCACCAAAAUAUCUUAUCGAGAAGUGAAAAGAGCCAAGAUUCGGAUUCGACGAUCAGCUACACCUUCAGCUACAUCGCAAUCGAUUCCAAUCGAAGUUCAUGAGGAAUGUCGAUGCAUGUGUAAAGUAAAAGAAGAACAUUGCAAUUCGAGUAUUCAUGUUUACCAAAAAGAUCUCUGUAAAUGUGCCUGUAAAAACGAACAAGAGUUCGCUGCCUGUCGCAACAUGGCUCCACUGAAGACAUGGGAGAACAGUGAAUGCAAAUGCAAAUGCAGGGAAGUGAAACAUUGUCCAUCAGGAACAGUCUUUAGUCAUGACACUUGCAAUUGCGAGGCUACUUAAUUUUGGCGAUUUUUGGCUUCACGAAAGGAAAACGAUAAAAUCCUUAUCCACUUCAAGCGUUCAAGUCAAUAGAGAUGAACGAUAAUCUAUUUUUUGUCCAUUCUCAACAAACUAAUUGCUCAAACUUUUCACUUGAUAAUCAAUUUCUUGCAAUCAUUAAAAUUGAAUUCAAUUAGUAAAUGAAAA